CCCACGACCUCCUGUAUAUCAGGCGAGGCAGUUAACACCUCACCACCGUGGCACCCCCAAUUCGGUCGAAGCAACAAUUUGUGAAUAAACUAUUGGCAAGUUGUAAUUUAUGUAUAGUAAAUUGCAGUUAUAUUGAUUAUUCUUUACUCUUCCCUCCAAUAAUUAAUAUUACUCCAGUUCUUCGUUAUAGGCCAUUUUGCAUGACAGGCCUUUGUGAGUAUUCUGAGUUGCUACAACAUUUAGUAACUGUCCUAAUGAACUUCACCCAUAUUGAAGACUCGGUCUAGCAGACUGACUGUGUAAUCCCAUCCGUCCGUACGGUGUUCAACUAGCACAAUCAGGUGAAAAACACUUCAAUUUCUGCUUCUUUCCUUUAUAAUCUUUGUCAAAAUCUUGAUUUAAACUGCAGGAGGAAUCCGAUGAGCUAUGAAUUUCUUUUUCACAGAUGUCCAGUCUGGGCGGGACAGCAAGUUACAAUAGCAAACAAUACAAACACGAUAGGAGUGCAAAAUAGAGAAAGUGAUAAGCAAGUCAAUAAAUAUAAGAAACAAAUUAACUACAUAUUAUUGGUUCUUUCGGUAAAGUCACGUGACUUUACCGAAAGAACCAGGAAUAUGAAUUCCUGCAGUCACGAAAGCUUUAAAUCAAAAUUAACUACAGUUUAUCAAGCUUGGGCAAGGCAGCAAAAUCAACAAUAAAAAAAGUCCCAGAUCACACAAAGAUAACACAGUCUCUCAAUAAAAUGGUACAUUACACUGCUCGGCUCUGUAAUUCCUUCCCAUCUUCUCUCUUGCCAAGCUCCCUCAAUUCAAGAAACCUAUUAAAUGUUAUAUAUGAAACCUUCAUCUGUGCAUUUUGGUCUUUUUGGGCCUUGCACCACAACCGUCAUUUAAAUAAAAAAUGUUUUUCUCCAACCACAGCUUACCAGUGGACAGAGGCAUGGUCGAAGACCUGGGCAGUUCCUUGCGCGGGUUCCUCUGCGUCCUCUUUGGCGACAAGCACCCGGUGGAGUGCGGGCCGCUCGCCAGCCCACUGGAAGGCAUCAUCCGCAGCCUGAUCUCCAGCCAGACCUGGAGCAACCUCAGCUCCUUCCUGAGGAACAACCUGAAGGUGGACGUGCGCGGCGACCCCGUGGGCUUCCUGGAGGCCCUGUCCCGAGCCGUGACGAGCAGCGGAGACCUGCAGCUGAUGUUCAACACCGUGACGCCCAUGCUGAGCGUCCUGGGCGUGCAAGGCAGCACCCUGCAGGCCGUGUCGUCGGCGGGGCGCUUCAUGCAAGCCGUGCUGGGCUACGACACCGCCGAGAUGGACAACCUGCGCAGCCUCCCGGGCAACCUCAUGGACCAGAUCGGCACGCGCCUCUACAGGCGCGUGGUGCAGAAGAUGGAGGAGGUGAACAGCUUCCUGCUGGAGGAGGCCGCUUCCACGCUGGGCAUGCAGCAGCAGCAGGAUCCUCGGCAGUUCUGCCAAGAAGCUGACUUAAGACAGCUGCUUCUCUGGGGUGUAAUGAAUAACAUCACCUGGGACCACCAAGGGAUGGGCUUCAGUCUCCAGGAUCUCCUUUCCUUGCUGCUCUUUGCCGCCUGCGAUGACGAAGCACUUUCCGAAAGCCCGGAUCAGCACACACGCGACUCCCUCGCCAAGGGGCCCCGUUCUGCCUCCAAGUUCUUUGACAACGACCAAGCGCAGGGGCAGAGGACUGUGAAAAAGCAGUGCGGUAGAGAGUCACCUUACUCGGGCUCCAUGGCCCAGUCCGUUUACUGCAGCGUCUUCAGCGCUGUCAUGAGCGACGCAAACUUCGAGGAUGCCUUUGCAGCGUGUCGAAAUGUUUCCCGGAUGUCGGACAUGUCAGAACACUUUGGCAUUGUGUACACGUGCGGCUGGGUCAGUCUGGUUCGUUUCAACGAGUCGAUUUGCAAUGGGGACGGUUUUUCGGAGGCCAGCACUAGCCCUGGUCAUUGGCUGCAAGCUCGCUGCAGUUACCUGCAGCGCGAGAAGGUACACGGAGGAACGGAAAGCGGCUUCAUAUGCGACAACAUACUGUGGUUUGUGAAGCCGUUUGGAUUCAGUGUCUUAGACUUUUGCUUCGAUCAAAGCCCAGCACGUUUCAUCAGCGCCAUUUGCUCCUACCCUCAUCCCACGGAUUACAAUGUCUCUGUCCUGGUUAAAUACUGCAAUCGGGAAAGUAACGUCACAACAAAUUCCGGCAGUGAGUUUUUUGUGAAGGAACUAGAAGAGAUUACUUUGCACUGUCAGGACCUGAACGUCGUCGCAAAACGCAACUUCAGCUACAACGUCGUUGAAAUCUGCAACGUUUACAUGUGGUGGGCAGUACGAAAUGUUUUCUGUGCAAACAAUAGCCUCCUUGAUAACUUACAGACGGACCUUUCGUGGCUGAACGCAUUCUGCAGAAGCCCUCAAGCAGAAACCACCAUGGCCCACCUGGUAGCCAACAUGUCCACGGGAGCACUGUCGGCACAUACUGACACCAUAAGGAAGUUUAUUUCAAGAGGUUUCAAUGACACAACUGAGACACACUUCUCCGUACCCAAUUCUACCACCAUUGCAUCGACAAAUAUAACCCAAGGGGAGGAGGCUCUUGCCCGUGGCCUCGACUCACUUGCGUACAACGGCUCGGACACUUACCACGGUCCGCUAAGACGGAACCGUCUGCCCCGUAACACGUCCGUCGGGGGCAAAAACGCGAGGGAGUCUCCCCCCAGGCAAGACUCUUCGGUGAAAACGUGCGUGAGGCUGCCAUCGCUGCUCAAAAACCUGGUGUCCCUCGUCUGGAGCGACGGCACGGGCUUCGCCGCCGAGCCCGAGAUCGCGACCGCCUGGCUGCGUCUCGCCACCGAGGACAUUGGGCAGCAGCUGGUGGAGGACAUCGACGAGGCCAUCUUCCUGCUCAGCCUGCUGAGCAGCAACGCGUUCCAGGCGUACGCCAAGCCCACUGCCUCGCUCAGCAUCCUCCAGUCGAUCAGCGGCUUCCUGCACAGCGUUCCUCCCGACAAGGGCUACCAGCUGCUGUCCUGCUUUGGGGGUACUUUGUGGAAUUUAAUGUUUUACGCAGAAAACUCCUCGGAAAUUCUCUUCCUUUUGCAGGAGUACCUGCGCCUGCCCAGCCACGCGAUGGAGACGGUGCUAUUCUCCAGCGAUGACCUGACCGUGCGAUACUUCCUCUCCGAGCUGCGCCAGGCCUGGCACGACCUCUCCGUGGAGGAACGCUCGGAUCACUUGCUGAAGCCCAUGGUCGGCGCACUGCUGCGCCGCUUCCACAACCUCACGGAGGACAUCUUCCUGGAGAUGGUGCAGCUGCUGCCGUACCUGAGUCCCGCCGACAUCACCGCCUUACCGGCCGCGCUGCUCGAGAGCCCCAGUGUCCUCACCGCGGCGCUGGCGUCUUGCUCGGUGCUGCGCAAGGAGCAGAGGCAGGCGCUAGCGCGCCGCGUCGCACGCCGGCCCGGCGGCGUGGCCGGCUGGUCCCCGCAGUUCCUCGAGUCACUCGCGCCGCUGCUCACCAGCCUCCCCAUCAGCUACUUCGUGCAGCUCACCGACCAGCAGGUGCUGUCGGUGGUGAGCCUGCUGGGCAGCAGCUCGGCGGACUCGGCGCACUGGCGGCACGUGAGCCACGUGGCUCUCAACGGCAACACCGGCAACCUCACGGAGAGAGACGUCCACAGGUUUGGCAGGGUGCUGUGUUACACAAACACAGAGGACCUGGCGCAGUUGAUGGGGAAUCAACCCGUCUUCCGGAGCGUCCUUCAAGCCCUGAUCUCCUGCAUAGAGAAGGGCGCCAUUGACAUUGACGGCAAGCUCGCGUUCUUCAUCGCCAAGAACCUUGGCGUCGCUGUGGCCACAGAGCUGACGCAGGAUGAUCUGGCAGAGAUGGCCUACCUCCUGCCAGCCCUGGGGUUGGCGUAUACGCAGCAGCUGCCCAGCCAGCUGGUGCAAGCCAGCGCUCGCCACAUCAACUCGAUCACCUACGCUCCGGCACAGGCUCGAGUGCUUGCUGAAAAAUUCAUUCACGAGAGACAACUGACGGCGCAGGUCGUGGGGCAGCUGGGCAGCCUGGUGUGUGGGCUCCCGCCAUCUGUGCUGCGCACUCUGCCCCCGGCGGCCCUCACCCAGGGCUGGCCGGCGGUGAGGCCCCACGCUGGCUGCCUGCGUGCCGCACAGAGGACGGCCAUCAUCUCAACAUUCAGGCGCUCCAAGAUCGACUGCCUGGAGUGGAUCGCGCGACUCGGCCUCCUGCUGUCUGAUCUGCCGUUGGUUGACCUGGACUUCCGCUACCCGGCGCAUGCUGCCAGGCUUCCGGCACUCGCCGACAUAAACUGGACUCCUCACCAGGCACAGUCCCUUUUCAGAAGGAUUCUCAAGGGGCACAGUGGAAAACUGAAAAAGGAAUUUAUACUGUCUCUGGGGACGGUUUUUCAAGGUGUGGACUGUGAGACUUUGAUGGAAUUUUCCCAGGAUCCUGAGUUUAUGGGUUUGGUGCAUCACCUGUUGUUGGUGGCGGAGGUGGUCAGGACAUCUCUGUGCAAGUGCAUUGUGGCUUGGAUUGAAAACAAAUCUGAAAUAACCGUGGAAGAAAUCAUCUUGAUGGGACCUCAGCUUGUCAUGGAAUUGCCGAUGAAAACGUUGUCCUCAUUUCCCAGCAAAGCAUUCAAGAUGGCUGUGGACAUCAUCACCCAAAACCAAAUUCACUUCCUCAAUCUGGAACCGUCCAAGCAGAGGCAGCUGACAAAAACAAUCUUGGAGCAGAUGCCGCUGCCAGCCAUUGUGCAGAUUGGCGGCGAGUACCUCGACUUGCUGGGCUUCCUCGUGGGCUUCAUGGAGGAGGAAGUGUUGCGCAGGAUGUCUCGCCCAGAGCUGCUGUUGCGGUUGGGCGAGCUGCACGGGUACUGCCUCCCGGCCCCAACGCUUGAUGCCCUGGGUCUCAUCCUCACGCAGAAUGAUGCCCUCGGGGGUGCUGACAUGUGGAGUCUGGCUACCGUGGAGCAGCUGGGGAGGUUGGUUCUCGCCCUGCCUCUGGAAGACAUCUACCAGCUGCCCAAGGAGGUGCUGAGUAUGGAGGUGGUGGAGUUCGUGCUGCGGGCGCAGUGGCGUUGGGAGGCAAGCGCCGUGGGAAGGGCGUGCACGCAUCGCCUCGGCGAGAGGGCCCGACUGGGCCUGCUCAGCAAGGCUCGCGCUCUCGCCGAGCGGAGCUCCCACAUGGAGCACGGGCAGCGUGGAGCUCCGACGUGCGCCGACGUCAAGGCCACAUUCCCCGCGGUGUGGACCCCGGGCCAGCUGGUGCGGAUGUCUGGGAAGGAUUUCUACGACUGCCUGGAGACACUGGGGGCCGACGAAUACCUCUCGCCCGAGCAGCUGACGGCCAUAAUGCAGAGAGUGGGACAGUUGCAUGGCGGAGCAGCGCGGCUGCCCCCCGCGAUUAUUCAGCAGCUGGGCCGCGCUGCGACGCGUCUCACCCCGCGCGAGCUGCUUGAGCUGGACCUCACCGACCCGGCCGCCCUGGCCUCACUGGGUGCCCUCGAGGGAUGGGACCGCAAACAGUUGGUGGCAGGUUUCCGGAGUUUCGUACAAAGGAGUGGGUCAUCGGUGGCGGAGAUGGACUCGACCGAUCUGGUGAUGCUGGGACACUUCAUCUGCGGCAUGACGCCGACCGACAUCUCGCGCAUCAACGCGCGGCAGUACAGUCGGGCAGCCCUGGCGAUCGGAAGGCUGAGCCUGCGCUGCACAGAGGCCCAGCUCAACUCCUUGGUCAAGGUGGCAAUGAGCUCCUCAGCCUUUGGCCUCCCAAGCAACUGGGGUCUGGAGGUGUUCACGGAGAUCGGGUCUGUUGCAGUUGGUCUCCCCGAUGUGGUCCUGUCGGCCUUGGUCAAAGAACAAAUCGAGGGCCUCACAUCGACUGCCAUUGCAAUUAUGCCUCCACGGAAAUUUGCUGUGGUGUUCGAGGUGAGCAGCCUGCAGCACUUCACGGCGGCGCAGGCGGAGGCGGUGACGGACGAGCAGCUGGAGCAGCUGUCGCCGCUGCAGCGGCACGCGCUGCUGAACGUGCGGCACAGCGGGGAGGCGGUCCCCGACGGACGGGGUCGUUCAUCUGGUCGCCUUUUAAGGUCCCUCACUCCCAUGACUACCACACUGCUCGUGGCUUUGUGUUUAUACUGACUGGUUUACAGCUUGCAGCGAACAAGCAGCCUAAAUGCAAGCAUGACAAUGCCUGUGGUUGAUAUUUUCAACAAACGAACCGUGGUGCUGUAAAAUGUGAUUUUAAACAUGUAUUUAGACUUGGACAUUUUCAUUCUUCUUUGGCACGACUGUAAAUAACUUUGGCUGAGUUUUAAUUAUCAUUUUGUGUUCUGCAGUAAGCAAGGCUGAUAGUCGACACAUCAGUGAAUAUUUAUUAAGCUCGCGAUACAUGCGAUUCACGCGUGUAAGAAUCCAAGUUUUUGAUUUGUAGUAACGCGCGCUGAACCUGGCAACUCGGGUUCAUUCUUGGCUACGGCUAACACCAGGGUUGUGUGAUAUCUGAACCAAUCCUGGGCUCCCGACACCUUCACCAAUGUGUACUGGUCAGCGUAGAGAAGUAUGGUCAAACAGCCUCCUAUGAUCGUGAUGGAGCAAGGAAGCCUUCAUCAGUGAAUUGAGAAAGGGCUGAAAAUGUUUAAUUAGGUUUCAAUUAGUUCACAUGAGCCCCUGCAGCCACCAGUGGCUGCUACAUUGACCACAGAGUAAAACAAAAAAAUGUAUUAUUCAUCUAAUCACAACAAAUCAUCAAAUUGUGUGCAGAGGUGAACCGUUAAACUCCUAGCUGACAAGUGCCGGUGCUUCCUAUGUAAAACAGUGCCGUUUGUAAGGGCGGCACCACCAUUGAGUGACCCGGGUGGAUCGUUGAGGCUGAUUUCCAGCAUUGAGCUCGACUGAAGAGAAUGGAUAUAUGUCGUGCAGUCGUUGGUUGGCUCGUGUGUGUGUGUGUGUGCACGCGCUUCACCUCACCAUCUGUCCACCACUGCGUAAUCUCCUGUGUGCUCACAUCUUAUUGGUGGCUGUGUCUACAGUAGAUUCUUGACACGACGAGCCCAACAUUUAAGCUUUAUUUGCAGGACUUCCGUAAAAGGAAGCAUGUUAAAUGUUUUGCAAAAAAAAAAGCAAACGCCACUUUGUCUUGAUAUUAAGACGGUUGUUUUGUAUUGCUGUUUUUCUUCCAAGUGCAUGUUUGAAUUUGUAAUUAAAAUGUGACCUAGCAAAUUUA